AUGCCCGCCGAGACAGGACGGGCAUGGCAUCAUCACGGACAACGAGUACUAUCUACAGUACGAUCGAAAGAGAACAAUCGAACUUGUUUUAACUGUCUUCCCAUCAAAACCGGUACUGUAAUUGUGGGUAUUGUGGAGUUGGUGGUGGUCGGCCUUUUCCUUACAACCCUGCUAAAACAAAUGUCAUUGAAAAACCGAGAAUUAAAUGCUUGUUUUCAACGGUAGGUUAAUAUGACAUCUAUUUUUAAAACAUUGGGCUAGAGCUUGAGCUAGAGUUAGAGCUAGAGCCAGAGCCAGAGUCAGAGUCAGAGUCAGAGUCAGAGUCAGAGCCAGAGCCAGAGCCAGAGCGAAAGCUAGGGCUAGAGCUAGAGCUAGGGUUAGAGCUAGGGCUAGAGCUUUGGGAUAGGGCUAUGGUAUAUUAAGUUAGAGUAUAGGUGGAUUUUAAAAUGUUAAAAAGGAGGCUUUAGGCAUUUCCACAAUGUUUCAGGCGUUCUAGGCUCAAUUACAAAAAAAAUUUUGGGGGGGGGGGUAAAAAUUUAUUUUUUUUAAUUUUGGGGUGGACAAUUUUUUUUUCACAAAAAGUAAAGAUAAACAAAAAAUUUUAUCUUUAAUCAAUUUCGGUUUCAGGAAAUGGGAAACAUGCCUUAAGUUCCACUUUUCACAUUCCAAUAUUACUUUAGCUGGUGACUAUGUCAUCGCGUUGUCCAUGGUCGCCAUUGGUGUUUGUGUAAGUUAUUAUUCAAAGAUUGGUAAAAAUAUUAAACUUACUGUAAUAUUUUGUUAUUUCAAAGUUUUUUCAGUCUAAAUUAUUUUUAUUAAGCCAAGAAAAAAUUUUGUCGUAUUUUAUUAUUUAAGGCUUAAUGUUUUGACGACAAGACUUUUUUAGCAUAGCUAUAUAAUCAAUUUUCCAAGUAUUUUAGAUAAAAUAUAGAAUUCUAUAUAAAAUAUAUAAUAUUUUAGGUAUUAUUAAUGUUUAUUGGUAUCUGUAACACAGCUCCGAAGAUGUUGUUGCCACAUUUGGCCAUCCAACUGCUUGGAUUGAUGGUUUCUUUAACUUAUUUUGGUGUAUACGCGUGGUCCUACGUCUAUGGUGAUGUGUAUACCCAUAAACGGCAUUUUCAAGUAUGCUUUUCUAAAGUAAAAAUUAAAAAACAGGCUCAUAUCUUUAUGAAUUACCUUAAUAUUAGUUUAAAACGGUCAAUUUUGGGCAUUAAAUAUGGCUUUUGAUCAAAUUUUUCAAAAUUUAGGUAAAAUACGUACUUUUUAGCGUUGGUUUUGUUAAUAUAAACGUAUUGUAAACCUUAAUAUCAACAUUUUCAGUUCCGCCAACUAGUAGAACGAAUGUGGUUUGCCACAAUGUUGCUAUUGGGCUCGAUUGUCCAAUGUGGAUGUUUCUUCACAGUGCUCAAGUGUUCGCUUCAUUUACAACGCCUACAGGCGGAGAAGUAUCAUCGGAUGCAACAGUUCGAAGAGGUAUCGGAACGAGUACGAAGAGCCAAGGAGAAUGGCAUGUGGAGAAACACUAGCUGGGGCGGAGGGUUUGCUGAGGUUGGUUUUGGUUUUAUUUAUAAUAUUGUGAUUUGUAGCUAUAGGAAACACUUAGAAUUUUUAAUUUGCAAAAGAUUUUAUGUCUAACUGCCUCUUAUUCGUCGUGUAAGAUCGAUUUAAAAAUGAGUAACACACGGUGAAAACUUGGUUUGUUGGUUUCUAAAAUAAGUUAUAACUUUCUAAAGAAUUCUACUAGUUCACUGGUACAUUUUUGCCUAGAUUAAGCAUACAAUAAGCUUCAAUUUGAUACCUAAAACAAGAGUUUUAGUUAGAUAAUUUUCGAGAUAUAGAUUAGGGUUUUCCCGAUAUUGUUAUAGAUGAUCAAAUUCCUUCAACCUUUAAAAGUAAUGAAAUGCUUAGUUUUUAUAACUUCAAAUAUAUAAAAAAGUAUUCUUCUAACAGUUUUUAACCUUUAUUUUUAUAAAAUAUGUGGUUUUUUGUUGUUUCAACGCUUUCCCAUAUUGUUAUAAAUGAUCUAAUUCGUUCAAACCUUAAGAGUAGUGAAAUGUUAAACUUCUAUGCGUUUAAAAUAUGAAAAAAGUAUUUAUCUCACAAUUUUUAACUUUUAUUUGCAUAAAAUAUCUGGCUUUUGUUGAUUACACACUUUCUGAUAUUGUGAUAGACGUUAGAAUUUCAAAAAUAUUGAAAAAUUGCAACGGGAAGGUGUCUAUUGUUUAUAAUAAUAUUAAACAUUAUUUAAGUCUGUUUCCAAUUAAAAAAUAUAAUUUCUAAUCUCAAUAUUACAGUACAAAGGCCAGAACGAUGAAGAAACGGAGGAGAAGAAGCGAGAACGUGAAGAACGACGAAAAGAUCGCAACGCCGUCCGAGUCAAGUGGAACAUGGAGAAGAACAUGGAAAAGUCCAUAUCCCUUGGAGUGGAAGAGAAUCACAGUAGUACUGUAACGGAAGAAGAGGAACCGAAGCCCAAAAUGGAAACAAUAAAAGAAAAACCAAAGGAAAUGGAGAAGCCGGCUGUCAAAACAGUACCACAGAGCUCUCCAAAGACUAGUGCACAACCUUCGCCUAAGACUGGUGGUCAAUCUUCGCCUAAAGGUGGAGCACAAACAUCGCCAAAGCAGUUGGAAGGUACUCCAAGGUCGAGGCAACGAAGAUUCUCGAAGGAUGGUAGGAUGCAGAUGAGCAAGAGUUCAAGUCAGGAUUCUGGAGGAUCGAACUUUCAAAUGAUACCAGUCAUGGAGGUCAAGGCACCACCGCCUCCUAUGAGGCAUGUUAAGAAGUACGGUAAUUGUUGAGGUUGAAGUGUUUUAUGGGUAGGGUAGCAUAUGGCAGGAUAGGGCACGGUAGGGUAAGGUAGGAUAGGGUAAGAUAAGGUAGGGUAAGGUAAAAUAAAUUCAGAAUUUUCAUAUCAAACCUUACAAUUUUUAGAGAAAAAUCAUCCGACUCUCUACUACAAGGUCUGACCGCAACUCCAGCACAUCCAUCUUCAGCCUCCUUACAACGACAUGAUCAUCACCGUCACAGAAACAACCCCUCCCCGCCCUCCCCGAUCCGUAGAACUUCAGUCGACUCAUUAGGAGCACCAUUAAGGCCAGGCCAGCGACCUCAGCCAAAGCAUAUUCCACCAGCUGCCAUUACUAGUGUGAAUCUACAAACUGUUUCUGGAACUAGUCCAUUAGCAGCCAGGAAAUACCAUGGUGAGCCGGAUAAAAGACAAAGAAGGUUGACGAAUGAAAUGGAAACUUCGAGCAGCUCGAGGAGGAUGGAAGGUGGGUUAAGUAUUAUAUUAACGUUAUAUUAAGUUAGGUCUAGCUUUAAUUUUUCAACCGAACUUAUGAGGAAAGACUCAACCUGCUCUGCCCAGAUUCAGUUCAAAAUUUUUUUAAUUUUUCUGUACUACCAACAGUACCCAUAAAAAAUUUUAGCUUGCGCUUUUGAGUUUUAAAUUUUAUUAUUAUUUGGGUUUCCCGCCAAUUUGGCAUUGUGUUUCAAGCACGUUUUUUGACUUUCCAGACAAGAUACGCUUACAAAUUUAAAAAUUUAGGUUCUUUUAAAGGUAUUCUACUAGUAUAUCAAAGAAAAAUUCCUAAAAGUUAAAAAAUGGCGAAGUUAUAAGCUUGCAACACAAUACCAACUUGGCGGGAAAUUCAAAACAUAAUUGAUUUUCUCGGGAUUGACUGGAAAGCGCGAUUUAGUGUUUUGCUGAAGAUCUUAUAUUAACAUGAUCUGGCUAUAUAAAAAGCUUGAAGUUAAUCAGAACGAGACAGGUCGGGCACUUUCUUCAUCAGUUUUAAUCCGGCUCAGGCUUGUGGCGACUUUUGUAGGCUUGAUUAGGUCUGAAACGUAUUCUUCUUGGUUAAAAAAAUUUUCUGGCUUUUCAACUUGAUAAAUUAUAUAUCUAAUUAUAUUUACAGUUAAAAAUGAUAAGCUUUUUCGUGUUCUAGGCUCCUUCCACCGACAACACUACCCACCGCCAGUCACAGUAUUACCAAUGGUAAAAAAGAUCUCAAUCACGUCAAAAGCCGGCCCGGCUUUUCCACCCACCACUGAUUUUCCUGUUUAG